AUGUCACCCACAAUCAAGAAUGUGGUUCUCGCCGGGGCUAGUGGGAAUGUCGGAGCUCGGGUACUCGAUGCGUUGCUCGAUCUCGAGUUCAAUGUGACGGUGCUUAGUCGCAGUUCUAAGCCCUUCCCAACCGGUGUUAGGGUGAAGGUUGUUGACUUCACCUCGGUAGAGGAUUUGUCUGCUGCUUUCGCCGGACAGGAUGCAGUUAUCGAUACUACUUUUUCACCUGAGGUUGACACACCUCUCCGGCUUAUUGAAGCGGCUGCUAAGGCUGGAGUUUAUCGCUUUAUCACUAGCGACUUUGGGCUCGAUCCUAAAUUGCCAGGUGUUCAUGACAUUCCUGUUUUCGGCCGAAAGAAGGUUUCCUAUGAGGCUGUGAAGAAACAAGCGGCUGAUAACCGCUUGACCUACACCCUAGUAGCUUGCGGUGCUUUUCUUGAUUGGGGUCUCUCGACUGGUUUCGCCGGUCUGAACUUCCAAGAGAAGACAGCCUGGAUCUUCGGUGAUGGAAACAACGUUGUGCCAUGGACGACGUUGGAGGAUGUUGGCAAAGCAACUGCGAAUGUGCUUUUGCAUCCGCACGAAACUCUGAAUCGCCCUAUCUAUGUUCACUCCGUGUUCAUGUCGCAAAAUCAACUUUUCGGCGCAGCAAAAGAGGCUUUGGGAAAUGAGGGGUGGACAGCCACAUAUAACGACAUGGAACCUCUUUUCCAAAAGGCGUUGGCGGAUCUCAAGUCCGGCAACAUUAGUGAUGCAACCUUUGUAGUACAAAUCCAGUACUGCCUAGCUACCAAAGCGCUUGCACACCCCUGGGAAAGAGAUGAUAAUGCCCUGGCGGGACUGGAAGAAUGGAGCCAGGAGAAAGUGAAGGUGCUGAUUCAGACGAUCGCCAACAAAGUUGUGUGA